CCAGCAGAGGGCAGUAUGACAUGCAGCAGUCUUGAAAUAGCUGCAUGGGGGAACUUUAAACUGGAAGUCCUCGCCUUGCUUCUUCCUCUUCCGGUAAACGGCGACAGCAGUUUCAACAUGGUGCAGCGCCUGACUUACCGUCGUAGGUUGUCCUACAACACCGCCUCCAACAAAACCAGACUGUCCCGGACGCCUGGUAACCGUAUCGUGUACCUGUACACCAAGAAGGUUGGCAAAGCACCCAAGUCGGCAUGUGGCAUCUGCCCUGGAAGACUGCGCGGAGUCCGGGCUGUUAGACCUCAGGUUCUGAUGAGGCUCUCCAAGACCAAGAAGCACGUCAGCAGGGCCUACGGAGGCUCCAUGUGCGCCAAGUGUGUGCGUGACAGGAUCAAGCGUGCUUUCCUGAUUGAGGAGCAGAAGAUCGUUGUCAAGGUGCUCAAGGCACAGGCACAGAGCCAGAAAUCUAAGUAAAAUGUGUAUUUGUACUUCCACAAUAAAAAAUGACAAACAAAUACAAA